UUUUCUUUGUAGAUUUGCGCAGGGUUUGCAGCUACGGCAGGUAGACAUGCUUCAGGAUGGCAUCACUAAAAGCACUGCAACACUCUCAAUGAUGUCUAAAAAACUGCGAAGAAUUUGCCUAAAAAGCCUUAAAAGGCACAGGAAAGAAAAAGGCCAGAAAAUCGGUGGAGUCAACGCUAUCGUCCACAUUGACGAGAGCAAGUUCUGCCAUAAGCGCAAGUACGGAAGAGGGCGCUUCGGGAACAGCUGGAGGAGAAAAAGGACAUGGGUCUUUGGAAUGCUCCAAAUCAAACGGUCUGACAGGCGUCCUAUUCUUCGCCUCGUGCAGAGACGAAAUAAGGAGACCCUUGUUCCUAUCAUCAAAAAGCAUGUGAAGCGUCACAGUCUCGUCGUAAGUGAUGAGUGGAGAGCGUAUGCCGGUCUCGCCACAGAGGGCUACAGGCAUGUCAGGGUGAACCACAGCCAACAUUAUGUUGACCCUCAGACAGGACUCCAUAUCCAGAACCUCGAGAGAGCGUGGCAGACCUAUAAAAAGGAAAUUUGGAGAAUGCGGGGGAAUCGGUCGGAGAAGGCCUUGAAAGAGCAGCUCUGCUUUAUUGAGUGGACCUACUGGUUAGCGAGGAAAAAUUCAGAAGGUGACCUUGGCAGGCUUGUCAAGGACAUAAGGCGCUCCUAUCAGACAUAGGAAGCAGAGCUUGGCAUUGAUCAAAAUAAGCUGAAAUGGACAGAGGAGAAAGGGGAGUGUUUUAAUUUAUUUUUAAAAGAAAAGUUUUUGUUGUAUAUGUUCAAACGGUUUAUAGUAUUCUUGGUUCUUUUGACUCUUCAAACUCUUCCUUUGUAAAAAGAGUUCUGUUAAAGUUUAGUUUUUUUUUUAAUAAUAAAGUUGUUUAUUUCACUUUGCGGUCAUCCAGUGUUACUGAUCAGUUGAGCAAAACGUGUCUCUAUUUUGUACAGUUACUAGUUUGUAGUUUGUCUACUGUUC